CCGAUGUAGUCGUGUUGAACUUACCGCUCGUGAUUCUCAGGUGUUGAAGAGCCAUUCGAGGAAGACUUUCCGUAGUGUUGUCGAUCACAUCUAAAAGAAAACGUUGUCCUACGAUUUACACCGAAGAGUAAAGAAACCUGUACCAGUUGAAAAUGUCCCGGAUUACGAAAAUGAAGUACGUUGCUGCAGAGACCAAGAUGGACUACGAGCUGCCGUCUCCAGGACAGACCAUCUGCACCAUCAUCAAGGUGCUGGGCAACAGCACAUACCUGGUGGGUGCUCCUGAUGGAGAACAAUUCAUAGCUUCAAUGCCCGCCAAAUUCCGCCGCCAUGUUUACGUGAGACGACGCGGCUUCGUCGUGACUGAACCCAUCGUGGAGGGGAAGAAGGUCAAGGCAGAGAUUGUGCGCAUCCUUCAACGCAAUCAAAUCAAACAUUUCUAUCAAGUCGGGGUCUGGCCCGAGGCCUUCAAGUCCACAGUCUACAUCGACAACUCUUUUGCUGCGCAGAAGAAGAGGUAUCGACUCACGAACGAAAGCGACCGAGGUGUUGUGCACGGUGAAAAAUACUUCUUUAUGGAUGGCGACGACUGCCGGCCGGUGAUGAAGAAUAAGAACCGAGAUUUUAUUGAUGGCGUGACCUCAUCAUUUGAUGAGUUAAGGCUUGACGUUGACCCCCACAUUGAACCCAACUAUAAUAAAAAGGCCGUCACUUAUGUGAUCACUUCGGAAGUAGGUGAUAAUGGCGACGAAGAAAACGGAUUUAUUGAAGAGACCAAUAAUGAAGAAAACAGUGAUGAUGAAGAAAACAGCGAUGAUGAAGAAAACAGCGACGAUGAAGAAAACAGUGACGAGGAAGAAAACAGCGACAAUGAAGAAAACGGUGAUGAUGAAGAAAACAGCGAUGAUGAAGAAAACAGCGACGAUGAAGAAAACGAAGACGAUACAAGAGAAAAAUACUCAAAUAUAAAUGCUUCCUAUUCCACGAACGUUAAUACAUUAAUAGUUUUAGAGGCGAGUUCUAGGCGAGCCCAGGGCCGCCGCGCAGGAGGCGCAGCCUUCAGCUUAAGAUCCUUCCGUCAGAGAUAUUGAGUCCUGCGUCUAGUGAACACAUCAGGGGCUACUUAAAAACUCAGUCGUGUAUUGUAUGAUAUUUCAAUGUUAGAAUAUUUUUAGUUCGCCAAGUAGAUAAUGUUUCAUUUCAAGGAUCAUUUGCUCUGAUUAUUUUUGUCGUCAGCAUCGACUAGGGCGUCAUCCCUGCCUUUACUUAUAAUCAAUCUUUUCUUAGGAUUAGUGUUCUUCGUUUAUUGAAAUUUCGCUGGGGAUUAUUCAGAUUUCAGAACGCACACUUUUAUAAUUGUUCGAAUAUAAAUAUUAUGAUUCUGAUAUUCGGUCAAGUUCAUCUUUCACUUGACAGUCGCCUAUUGGUUUGUACGAUGACAUCGGA